GCCACGGCGAGGUCGCGCCCACCAAGCUGACGUCAGCCACGCGCAACCCAGACAGCGCGCUUGCCUCCGCUCUGCCGCGCGGCGCUGACCGGGCCCCGCCCCAAAUGGGCCCCGCCGGAUGCGGCGUCGCCAUGGUCGAAUGCGCCGCCGGGCUCCGCGAUCCGGCGGCCGAGCAGGAAUUCGAGAGCGUCGAGCAAGCCCAGAAGCCACCCUACGCCCCGCCGCCCUGCAGCGCGCGGCUCCCUGGGCCCGCCCACCUGGACGCCAUUCCCUGGUAUGGGGACGCCGCGGCAGCGCCGCCGCGCCAGGUUGGCGCGCGCCUCGGGCUUAGCAAAACCGCGACUCAACAGCAGCGCGCCGUCGCGCCGGUCCAGCACAUCGACCAGGCGUGGGGCCAAGCGAGCGGCCAGCCAUCGGCCGCGUGGGCGGAAACCCCGACCACACCCCUGGCAGCCCCAAUCCGCAGCGCGCUGCUCUGGGCGCGCGACUGCUCCGACUGCGAGCAGUGGGUCGUCGGGAAGGUGCGCAAUUGGAAGCGCGUCCAGGAUUCUCUCGCGGACGCAACGCGCGCUUGGCGACCAGGCCUAUCCUCGCACGUCCGCGACAUGCUGCCGCCGGGAUACAACGGGCCGCUGCGCCGAAAGCUACUCCUGGCUGGCAUCAGGACGCCGCUGCUUCGUUGGUCCGCGCACUCGAGCACUUGCUCGAUAUAUGGACGCUACGCUGCGCUGCUAGAGAUGCUCCAGAACUCCAAACGCGAACCGGACAUGGCCGAAGGACUCCGUGUUACACGCGAGGACUGCGCAGCGGGCGAGCUGUUUGGCCCGUGGGAGGUGUGGAUCAACGCCGAUGGGCGCGUGAAUUCUACUGCGCCCUUCGCCCAGUGGCCACCGGCGGGCCCGUUCCCCCGCGUCCACGGCCGCGCCGCCGCUUCCUGCAAAGUGCGCCCCAUCGACGAUGCGACGGCGAGCGGCCUCGACCUCGCCGUGGUUGCCCAGGGGGGCAUGCGCGUGGCCGGCCUGGCCUCGCUCCUCGAAGCCGCGCCCUUCGUCGCCGAGAACUUGCGCGACUGGGGCGACGACGUGCCGCUGCUGGUCUGUCUCGUCUGGAACGACAGCGUCGGGCAUGCGGGCGGUAUCAGGGCCUGCGCGCGCAAAGCCUUGCCUUUCGGCGCUUUCGGGGCCGCGUGGGGUUGCGCGCGAGUCGCCGCCAGCGUGGGCCGUCCCCUCCAGCGCAUCUUCAGCGCGCCGCAGAGACCCUACGUGGGCGACUUCCACAAGGCCUCGCCUGCCAGGUGGGCCGCCCUGCGCGAAUGGGCAUUCCAGGAGCUGCACUCGAUGCUCGGGAUCCCGCUGAAGGAGGGCAAGAACCGGGGCCCAGCGGCCGUGCUGGACCUGCUCGGCCUGGACGUCCCCUCCACUCCGCGCUGGGCGGGCCUGCGCCUUGCCGCCGAGCGCCGCGCUGCGUUGACCAGCGCCGUGGGUGCCGUCCUGCGAGCGCAGCGCAUCAGCAAGCGCGACGCGUCCAGGCUGGGCGGACAAUCAGGAUUCGCAACCUCGGCGAUGUUCGGCCGCGUCGGCCGCGCCUGCGCCUCGCCCGCGUCGUGGCCGCAGUUUCUCCGCGCGCAUCCCGCCGCGCCUCCGCGCGGAGCUGCUGGCGAUCAGUCCGAGCUGCUCGCUGUGCUCGCCCUGCUGCUGACGUGCCCAGAGGCAGAGCGCGGCGCUCGGCUGGUCCUGCUCGAACACGACGCUCCCGCCCUGGGGAACAUCCGCGGCGGCGCAGCUUGCGGCGACGACGGCGUGGCCAUCGCCGGCGCCAUCUGGCUCCUGCUUGGCGCCAUCGGCGCGGAAGUCUGGAUCGAGUGGGUCGCGUCGGAAAGCAACCCCGCCGUCUCCCUCUCUAGACUCGACGGGCCCGACGGGCGAACCGAGGCUGCGGCUCUCGCGCGGCGCUGCCACCUCCGGGCGGCCGAGCCACGCAUUCCAGCGUCCUUCCACAUUGGCGCCGAUGCCUGGGCAACGGCAGUCUCAGCCGUUCAGGGGGACUGGGGGCGCGACGACCGCCGCCGCCGAGCGCGCGCCGCGCUUCGCCUGGCAGUGGACGCCGGCCCCCUCGCCGCGCUGCUCGGCGCCAUCUCCUUCGACGUGGGCGACAAGCAGACCGCCCUGGGCUGGCUCCGCGCCAGGCGGGCUAGCGCUGUGGCCGCGGCCGCGCACUUCCACGCAGACCUGCCGCGUCUGCUCUGCCUAGCUGCGCGACCGCGCGCCGGCGACCAGGGCGCCGCCGCCGUAGUCCUGCGCGGGGCGGCGUCCGCCGCGCGGUGGUGGCCGUGCGAACCCGCGCCUAACACCACGCCGUUCGUGGCAAACGACGUUGCCAUCGGGUUCUACAUGGUCAGCAUCGCUGGCGCCAAGGAGCGCCUCCAGGCCGCCCCGCUGCGCAAGCUAGGGCUGGAG